AUUUCGUUUUAUCUCCCGUCAAGUGUGAUAUGUGACGCCCUCUUUUACUUUCUUUGUUUCUUCCUAUAUUCGAAGAUAUCAUCAUCUGUUCUUUUUUUGAUAGCGCUGAAGAUGCCAGAGUCAGCGACAUUCCAACAAAAUGCUUCAUCGAUUGUACAAAUAACUCUGAAUUAUAGACCCGAAGAACAGCACUUGUAUAACACAUCAUCUUCAUCCUCAUCUUCAUAUUUGAACGCAACGUCAACCGAUACCUCUGAACAAGCCCCAAACCCUUAUUCAGCGCUAUACCCCCUACAACAAUUAAUACAGAUACCAAUAAUGCUGACGUACCAAUGCCUUAUUUAUUACAACAGCUUCCCCAUUUAGCAAAAUCUUAUGAAACUUGGAGCCCUGAACUUCAGUCUUCCAUUUUAUCAAGUCUGAUAAAAAAAUCAAGAAAAUCUACAUUACAGCUUGCCAGCAGUCUUAUACAUCCCAUUUUGAAAAGAGAUUUUUUGGCAUCAUUGCCUUAUGAAUUACGUCUACAGAUUAUCAGCUAUUUAGACGUACAAUCUUUAUGUGAAGCGUCACGUGUAAGUAAAAUAUGGAAUGUUUUGAUUGAUUAUGAUCAACAGACAUGGUAUCGCUUGUUACUACAAGACGGAUUUGUUAUACCCACAACAACAUCAACGAAAACAACAACAGAUAACCUCUCCUUUCAUAUUACAUCAUCGCAAACCAAUGCCCCAACCACAACAUCUUCCCCACUCUCAGCACUCCAAUUGUCCCCUCAUGAGCAUCUAAAUAAGCAUCACCACCACUCUUUUAUCGACUACAAAAGUGCUUAUCGGUCGCAAUACGUUCUUAAAAUGAAUUGGAAAUACGGCCGGUUCAAGCGUACAGCAUUUGCCGGCCAUACAGAUAACAUUGUUACUUCGUUACAAUUUGACGAGCAUAAAAUUGUUUCUGGUGCAACAGACUCUUUGAUUAAUGUCUAUUCUACAAAAGAUCCGCAGCGUCAACGAUUUACCUUAUCGGGCCAUGAUGGCGGUGUAUGGGCUUUACAAUACGUAGGCAAUACGUUGGUUAGUGGGUCUGUGGACCGAACCGUCCGUGUAUGGGAUUUGAGCAAACGAAAGUGUACACAUGUUUUUAAAGGCCACACUUCAACAGUAAGGUGCUUGCUAAUUGUGAUGCCUGUAGUGACGUCCAGCGGAAAAAAAGAACCAAGUGAGCCAUUGAUCGUGACAGGUGCGAGAGACUCGUCGAUACGAGUGUGGAGAUUACCCGAGUUAGAUAAUGAGAGUCAAGUUGAGUUUACAAAAGGCGAUGAAAUUAUCAGUGAUACGGUUCUCACCCAUACAAAUAUUGCGAAUCAUAACUCAACGGCAGACGGAGAAGGGGAGGAAGAAAUGGAAAUAGGUCCAGAAGAAGACAACAAUGACGAAGGGGACGAUGAGCUCGUUAUGAACGAUGAGAAUCGUGAUCCAUCCACGAACAAUGACAAUAAUGAUGAAAAUCUUUUUGUUGGUGAAGGAACGAACCCUUGGUUUAAAUUUCUUAUGGUGGGCCAUACUAAUUCUGUCCGGUCUAUCGCUGCUUAUGGCAAUACACUUAUUAGUGGCAGUUACGAUAAUACAGUAGGUGUUUGGAGUCUGGAUACGGGUCGUUUACUCCAUCGUAUGGAAGGCCACACAAGCAAUGUCUAUUCUGUUGUCAUUGAUCCCCCUCGCCAACAAUGUAUGAGUGGAAGUAUGGACAGCGUUGUGUAUAUUUGGGACUAUAUGACAGGUGAAUGCCUACACAAGCUUGAUGGACAUAGUAUACUUGUGGGACUCCUAGGGUUAACCCCUAAUUAUCUGGUGAGUGCUGCUGCUGAUCGUACCUUAAGAGUAUGGGAUCCGAAUACAGGUGUUUGUGAGCAUGUGCUGUCUGGUAAACAUGGGCAUGAAGGAGCUAUUACUUGUUUCAAACAUGACGAAGAGAAGGUUAUUUCUGGUUCAGAGGGUGGAUUGAAAAUUUGGGAUAUCAAAACUGGAAAGUUCAUGUAUGACUUGGUAACCGGUGUAAAAGGUGUUUGGUGGCUCACCUUUAAUAGGAGUAAAUGUGUAGUCUCCGUUCAUGAGUAAGUUACGCAUCUCUAACAUCAAAUGUUGCUCGAAUAAUAAAUGUUCCUGACGUACAUAUUCAUUUAGUAACGACAAAACUUGGUUUGAGCUUUUGGAUUUCGACGUUGAACCGAAAUCUGUUACGCCAGCAACAGCAAAUGAACCGCCUGUUACAGUGCUCUCGGAGGAUACCGUAAUCAUAGAAAGAGCAAUCAUUAGAGGGAACGCAACCAUCCAACAGUUUAGAGAUUUAGUAGACACAGUACAUCCAACUCGCGGGAGAAAUAAUCAUAACAUGACUUAACUUCUAGAUUAAUUUUGCACAAUCUUUUAUUGUCACUUUUGUAUUUUUAAUUUUUCUUUUCUUUUUCUACUUUUUUCCCUUUUACAAUAUCGUCUAUCCUUCCGAAAAGAAGAAAUGCUCGAAUCGUCGUGUAAAAUCGAGUUGUUCAUAACAAAUGUAGAUUAUAAA